GCUGUAAAAUAUACUGGUCACGAUCGAGGACCACAACCAUGCAAUACCGUGUGCUAGCACUUCUUCUCAGUGUAUGGCUUUUAGGCCAUCAUUGUAUCCUAACAAGCGGGUGCUUCGAGAUCGAAAGGGAGGCACUCCUUACCUUCAAAGCUGGUAUUAUUGAUACUGGCGGUCGAUUGUCUUCAUGGGCCGGUCAAGAUUGUUGUAGCACUUGGAAGGGAGUAGUUUGCGACAACAACACCGGCCACGUUGUGAAGCUCAACCUUCGAAACAACUAUAUGAGUUAUUCCAACCGGUCGGAUUAUUCCCUGCGCGGUGAGAUCAAUUCAUCUUUACUUGUUCUAAGUCAUUUAAGUCGCCUUGAUCUUAGUGGGAAUGAUUUUGGUGGAAUCUCUAUCCCGAAAUUUAUCGGUUCGUUAAAAAGCUUGAUGCAUCUUGAUCUCUCCGGUUCUAAUUUCGGGGGUGAGAUACCUGAGCAACUUGGCAACCUAUCUAAUCUUCGUUAUAUUGACCUCUCUAGUUCGCUCUUCACUUGUAAAACCCCUCUUCAGAUCAAUAAUCUCUCUCGGCUGCAUACUCUGCAUUUGAGUGACGCUUUUGGUUUCGACGGCACUUGUCUCAACGACCUUUCAUGGCUCUCUCGGUUGUCUUCUAUUAGGGUUCUUGAUUUAAGCGACCUAAACCUAUCCAAUGCUACAGAUUGGUUAGAAGUAGUAAACACGUUGCACUUUCUACAAGAAUUAUAUUUAUCGUCAUGCCAGCUUACUAAUAUUCCAACAUCUCUUUCUCAUGUCAACUUUACAUCCCUGAAAGUCCUUGAUAUUCGUGAUAAUGGCCCCUUUAAUACCACCCUGCCAACUUGGCUGUGGAAUCUUACCAAGCUUUCCUAUCUCGAUCUCAGAUAUUCUGGAUUUCACGGGAAGAUCCCGGACUCACUUGGAAACAUAACUUCUCUCAACAGUCUGUAUUUAGGAAUGAAUGACUUCGAUUCUGAAAGUACCAUACCUAGACCAAUUAAAAAUUUGUGCAAUCUGCGAGCUAUAGACUUGAGCGGUCUGGGCAUCGGUGGAGAUAUUGCAGAGGUUGUAAGGACGCUUUGCUCAUGGAAGAAUAUGGAGGAACUAACUUUAGAAAAUAGCAAGCUUCAUGGAAAUUUAUCUAGCUGGGUAGAGGAGAUGAAGAAUCUAAGCUUUCUUGAUCUCAGCAAUAAUUCACUAGCAGGGCCUGUUCCUACUGGAAUUGGCAGACUCUCAAAUUUGCAAGUAUUGGAUCUCUCUUCUAAUUUACUAGCAGGGUCUAUUCCUCCUGGAAUUGGGAGACUCUCAAAUUUGCAAAUUUUGGAUCUUUCUUCUAAUUUCUUGCAGGGUGUCAUAUCUGAAGCUCAUUUUGCCAACCUAUCAAAGUUGGAUUCCUUGAGCCUAGACUCAAAUUCUUUGAUCAUUGAUGUGGAUCAAAAUUGGAUUCCCCCGUUUCAACUUUGGUCUAUCUAUUUACAUUCUUGUCAAUUUUUGCAUCCUCAAUUUCCAGCGUGGCUUCAAUCGCAAAUGCAACUUGAUGAACUAUCUCUGUCCAACACUAGCAUUGCAGAUAGUAUUCCUGAAUGGUUUUGGAAUUUGUCAUUUUCCUCCGUAGAUCUCUCUCAUAAUCAGAUUAGAGGCAAGUUGCCCAUGUCCUUGCAAUUUACAAGCCUAGAAUAUCUUAUUUUGGGGUCUAACAGACUUGAAGGCUCAAUUCCAUCUUUGCCAAACACGCUUGUAAUGUUAGAUCUCUCAGAAAAUUCUAUAUCAGGACCCUUCCUCUCACCAAUCUCGAAUAUGCUGCAAUUAAGUGAUUUGUUACUAUCAAGCAAUCAGAUCAACGGUAGUAUCCCAUCUGAUAUAUGUAAACUAAAAUAUCUAAGAGUUCUGGCCCUAUCAAACAACUCUCUAGCAGGAGAACUCCCUCAAUGCUGGAAGAAUUCAUCCCUUCAAGUUUUGGAUUUGUCGAACAACAAUCUUGCCGGCGAAAUUCCUCCUUCAAUUGGUUCGCUGAGCUCGCUCACAUUAUUGCACCUCAACAAUAACACUUUUUAUGGAGAACUUCCUUUGGAACUGCAGCAUUGCAAUAAUUUAUUGUUCCUUGACCUUAGCAACAACAAACUCACAGGGAAAAUCCCAAGAUGGAUAGGUGAAAACUUGCAGGAUCUAGUAAUAUUGCAGUUGAGGUCAAAUAUAUUUGUGGGAGAAAUUCCUUCGGAACUUGGACAACUCGCUUACCUCCAAUUCUUGGAUCUUGCGCAUAACAAUUUGACAGGAUCAAUGCCACGCUCUUUUGGUAAUUUCAGCGCGAUGAUCUAUCCUACAAUUCACAGUUAUGAUGGAAAAGGAUUUUCUGUUGACGAGAGGACCUUUACAUAUUUUGACUACAGUAAUAACUUGCUUGUGGUAAUACAUGGAGAAGAGUAUCAAUAUUCUACCACCAUUUAUCUUCUCAAGAUUAUGGACCUCUCGGAAAAUAAUUUAAGCGGUCAAAUCCCAGAAGAGAUAGUUGCACUUGCGAUAUUGCAUAGUUUGAAUUUAUCGGGAAAUCAUCUAACUGGAAUGAUUCCGGAAAGGUUAGGUGACAUGCGCUCUCUAGAAUCACUGGACCUCUCACUAAAUGAGCUUCAAGGUGCCAUUCCACAAAGCUUGUCGGCUUUGACAUUUUUGAACUACCUGAAUUUAUCUUACAACAAUUUAUCUGGAAGGAUUCCAACAGGAAAUCAAUUGAGCACACUCAAUAACCCUUCAAUUUAUAUUGGCAACACUUAUCUUUGUGGACCUCCCACGGGGAAGAAUUGUACUGAAAAUGAAACAAUGCCUAAUGAUGUUGGGAACGACUACCCUGAUGGAUCUAAGUCAACAUGGCCAUACCUCAGCAUUGGCUUAGGGUUCGUGGCUGGAUUCUGGAGUGUGUGCGGUAUCUUAAUAUUCAAGGAGUCUUGGAGUAGCAUCUAUUUUCAAACGAUUGAUAGGCUUUACGACAAAUUAUAUGUGAUGAUAGUAAUAAGUUUGAGAAGGUUGAACAGAAAAAUGCACGGAUGAAGUCUGAUUUCUACAAUUUAUCUUUUAUGUAUGGUGUGUUUCUUGCUUUUCUUAUAAUUUCACAAGAUUCUCCUGUAUAUAGGGUUUGCUUAAUAAUAAUUUCUACUUCAUGGGAGAUUUUUUUUU